UCCACAACUAUACGCAUAUUACAUUUUGGAUUGCACAGGAGGUUGACGUUCAAGGGGUUCUCAGCAGGCGAGCGCCGUUGAGAUGCCGCGGACGAUGAAUUCCACCACCAAACUGUGCUUUUGCUUUUUUUUUUUCCUCGUUACUUCUUGACCAUGCUUCCUUUUUCUCCCAUGCCAGGGGGGAAGAAGGAAAAAAAACUGCCAGGGACGAGGCCAGCGAGUCAUCAGAAUCCUUCCAUCCCAUACCGGUCUUCUUCUCCACCCUGAUCGACGAGACAUCCCGCUCCACUGCCUCUCCGUAAAUCACUUUGUCGAGUACCGGUACUUGCACUGCACUCACAAAAUGGGACCUGGCGCCCCGUGCGUAGGCUAUCACCUAUCUGUUUAUCUCGUGCCCGAGGAUUCUCUCCAUCAGGGGAAAAAAAGCCAUGGCAAAAUUCUCGUCACGACCGGAAGAUUGCCCUGGGCCAGAAGGGGGGAAGGGUGAGAGAGAGGUAUCAGAGGGAUCCGCCAAAAAUUGGGCUAUCACACCAUGCAUAACAUUUCCUUUGUGCAAGUUUCGUAGCAUACCGGUAUCGCUAGCCAUCUAAUCCAUGGAGAUAGGCAUGCCUUCCUCAUGCUACUCGUACAAGUAUCACGCCUACCAUAAAGCUUUCAUAAGAUCGAUACCGGUAUUUCAUUCCGAGGCUUCGGCCCCAAAUUCCAUUCGGUAACCUCUUUCGGUAUGGAAGGGAAGAAACGAACGAACAGACAAAAGAAAAAAAGAAAAAAGAAAAAGGAAAGAAAAACCUUAACCUUCCGUCUCGUUGACGCCAGGCAAAUCAUCACCCGCUCCGUUACUCCGUAGUCUCCUACCGACCCUUUGCAUUCCGACACCCGAGAUAUGAUGUGAUAUGAGACGGUACGAGUAGAUAUGAUAUGUGGAGUCGAAACUGCUCGAGUGACUGGAAGAAGCAACCGGAUGAGGACGAGGGACGCUGUAAAAAGGAAAUAUAUAUAAAAAAGAAGGGAUAAGGAAAAAGAAAGGAAAGCGGGGAGGAGGGAGAUCACGAGAAAGAUGUCAGAAAGAAAGGAAAAAGGAAUUAAAGGAAUUUCUGUUACCACGGAUCAAGACAUUGGAUCCGCGGACGUGGGUGGUACAGGCACAGCGCUGUACUUGUACCUACUUGUGUGGUGAGUGAGGGAAGAAAAAGUGAUAUCCCCUCGAAAUCUUCCACCUUCCCAACAGAAGAGGGGGAAAAAAAAGCAGGAGUCCAAUCCAAGAUUCAGAUCCAGCCGGAGUUGCACGGCGGCAGCGCUUGUACAAGUAGCAGAACAUGCCAUACCGGUACUCGAGCGUCGAAGGCGGGCGAGGUGGUUUUGGUUGAGUGUGUGCGGGUGAGAUCGCUGAUUCGGGUCUUUUUUUCCCCCUUCACCAAAUUAAUAGAAAAGUAGGGAGCAGGACCUGCAUACACAACAUGCUCCUCCAGACAAUAGUUCAUGUACAGUAAAGGUACGAUACGAUAUCCUACAUAUGGUGCUGCAUAUCAUCUUGCUGUACCUCCUCACGCGAAUAAAGGAUCAGCCAUGAAUUUAUCGGCAAUCAAUCUACUGCAGCACUGCACGAAUAAUCUGGAGGCAAUCCGGUAUUGGAACGAAUUGGCGAGCCGGGUAUUUAUUCCUCAAAAAAUAAACGAGAAUGAAGAUAAUAGGAAUGGUGGUAGUUCCGCCGUCUUAAUACCAGUGGAUUAUUAAUUCAUACCGGUGGGGGGAGAUAGGGUAGGAGGAGUAGAUUUACGGUACCCUCGUUCCUCUGCGAUACCUGCACGGCACUGUACUGUACUUGUAUGAUCCAUCCAUCAUCAUCACCCCUCCCCCCCAACGAUACCGCGCACAGCGGUAUCAUAAAUCGGCACUCAGAUGCACCAUUUUCACGCAAUCGGGCACCAACUCCCCCAAGUGACAAUCGGGAGACGAGGGAAGCGGUUCGCAGCCUUUUCGGUAUUGUGCCCGCUCCCCUCCAUCACCCUCGGCGCCUAGCACAGGGAAGUGGGGAGAAACGGUGGAGGAUUGGAAGGCUUCCACCCUGUUUCCUGUUGACCACCACGGCUAGUAUAGUAUGGCACCGUGGUCCACUGUACCCGUACUUGUGCUCAGUGCCGCACCUUACAGCGUUCAGGCCUUGGAAGGGUGCCCUGCACUUCCUUGUGAGAGCACCCCCCCCGCAUGUGUGGGAUAUUCCCCAAGAGUAGAGUUACUGCGGCAGGAGUGCGCUGGCUUUUCUCUUGUUCUUUGGUCAUAUACCGGUAGGCAAUUGCGCUGCACAUUACGUGCUCGUAGGGGGAGAGGGAGCUGAGGAAUAACUUUAGUAGCUGAUAUUGAGUACGACCUGGGUACGGUACUCGGUACCUUGGGCUUCCGCACGGAUUUACUCUACCCUACUACUGUAUAAUACUACCGGAAACUUGUGAUGCCAAGCUACGGCGUUAUUCCAAC